UUCCCCUUCUCUCUCUCUCUCAGGCACCACAUCUGAUUGGAUGGUUUAGUCAGAAUGACAGCCGAAGAUCCCGCCUCCUCCUCUUCAGCCAUGAGUAAUAACCCAGCGCCUUCCGGUUCCAACCCCCCAGGCCCUUCCCAUCACUCCCCGCAUGGACCAAUCACAGUGCCCGAGGGUGUGUCCGGGGCCCACAACGAAGCAGCCCUAGUGUCUCUGAUGGAGCGUACGGGGUACGGCAUGGUGCAGGAGAACGGUCAGAGGAAAUACGGCCCCCCGCCGGGCUGGGAAUCCGCCUCCCCGCCACGCGGCUGUGAGAUCUUCGUGGGUAAGAUCCCCCGGGACGUCUACGAAGACGAGCUGGUCCCGGUGUUCGAGUCGGCGGGUCAGAUCUACGAGAUGCGUCUGAUGAUGGACUUUGAUGGGAAGAACCGCGGCUAUGCCUUCGUCAUGUACACACAGAAACACCAGGCUAAACGCGCCGUGCGGGAGCUCAACAACUAUGAGGUGCGUCCCGGACGCCUCCUAGGGGUCUGCUGCUCUGUGGACAACUGUCGCCUCUUCAUCGGGGGCAUCCCCAAAACCAAGAAGAGAGAGGAGAUCCUGGAGGAGGUGUCCAAGGUGACUGAGGGCGUCCUGGACGUCAUAGUGUACGCCAGCGCGGCGGACAAGAUGAAGAACCGGGGCUUUGCCUUCGUGGAGUAUGAGAGUCACCGUGCCGCGGCCAUGGCGCGCAGGAAGCUGAUGCCCGGCAGAAUCCAGCUGUGGGGGCACCAGAUCGCCGUGGACUGGGCGGAGCCGGAGAUAGACGUGGACGAGGACGUCAUGGAGACCGUGAAGAUUCUAUACGUCAGGAACCUGAUGAUGGAGACCAGCGAGGACACACUGAGACAGGUGUUUGGCCAGUGGAACCAGGGCUGCGUGGAACGUGUCAAGAAGAUCCGCGACUACGCCUUUGUCCACUUCUCGUCCCGUGACGAUGCCGUGGUUGCCAUGGACCACCUGAACGGGACGGAGGUGGAGGGGUCCUGUAUCGAGGUCACCCUGGCUAAGCCUGUCGACAAGGAGCAGUACACGCGUUACCAGAAGGCAUCUAAAGGGGGCGCUACAGCCGCCGCGGCCGUGGCAGCUCCGGAACCAGUCCAGCAGAACUACGUGUACCAGUGUGACCCCUACACCCUCACCUACUAUGGGUACCCUUACAACACGCUGAUCGGACCCAACAGGGACUACUUCAUCAAAGGAGGCCCAAUGAUACAGACCAAUGCAGGUGCUGUGCGAGGUCGUGGCCGAGCGACGGCAGGUAGCCGUGCCCCCGGCCCCCGGGGGUCAUACCUGGGUGGUUACUCUGCUGGGCGGGGUAUCUACAGCCGGUACCAUGAAGGCAAAGCCAAGGGCCCCGACAACAAGGCCUACGAGCUGGUACCGUCUAUGGAGCUGACUGCCUCAGUCAACCCGUUGGGUAUCAAGCCUUGCACAAUGGGCCUGCAGGCUCUAGGAGGCCAGUACCCGGUGUUCCAGGGAGCCAAGCUGAUGGAGGAAGGGAAGAUGCAUCACUCUGUGGAACACCUCAUUAACCCCCUGGCCCUGCAGCACGACCACACAGCCCAGAACACACAGACUGUUAUACCUGCUGUCUCCUCCCCUCCACCCUACCAGGGUCGUCCCAUCACACCAGUGUACACCAUGACCCACAACAUGCAGCGUAUCCCCACGGCCAGUGGUCUGUACGGAGCAGGCUAUAUGCCCAUCACCAACUACAACGCUGCUGCCCUGGCAGCCCUGCAGAAGAACGCAGCCGUGGCGGCUGCAGCCUACGGAGGGUACGCGGGUUACGCCGUGCCCCAGGCCUUCCCUGCCGCAGCAUUUCAGGUGCCCAUCCACGACGUCUACCAGACCUACUGACAACAUCUACCAGACCUACAGCUACCAGCUACCAGACCUACUGACAACAUCUACCAGACCUACUGACAACAUCUACCAGACCUACUGACAACAGCUACCAGACCUACUGACAACAGAUACCAGACCUACUGACAACAGCUACCAGCUACCAGCUGUCUGGUCCACAACGCCUGUUCAACCACCACUCAACGUUCAAACAACUUGUGUGUCAGGAACUACAGACGACCUACAGAAGACCUCAUCCCCACAUAUCACCUCCCCCCCCCCGUUCAAAUAACGACACGUCAACUCAAUGUCUCCAACAGCAACGUCUACAAUGUCAAAAAAACUAACUAAAUGGACCCUUUAACACAAACUCUACUCUGCGUCGGUUCUUCAACGUCAGCCCAACAUCUAGGCUACGUUAUGACGUGCGCCAAACCUUCGACGUUUUAACAACGUCCUACUGACAGGUUCACAUUGGUCCUAGUGAAUACUGGACCAGACGUUCCCCAACGUUCACACAACAUUCACACAAUAUAUUCUAUGAAUAGAAUAGAGCCUAUAUCGCUCAUAUUCAAAUCUGGAGAGUUCCUCUGCUUUGUUUCAUUGUUCCCCUCUAAUCAGGGCCUGGUUUAGACCUGGGUCACCAGUCAUUGUUCUCCUCUGAUCAGGGCCUGAUUUAGACCUGGGACACCAGUCAUUGUUCUCCUCUGAUCAGGGCCUGAUUUAGACCUGAGACACCAGGUGGGUGAUUCUCCUCUGAUCAGGGCCUGAUUUAGACCUGGGACACCAGUCAUUGUUCUCCUCUGAUCAGGGCCUGAUUUAGACCUGAGACACCAGGUGGGUUAUUCCCCUCUAAUCAGGGCCUGAUUUAGACCUGAGACACCAGUCAUUGUUCCCCUCUAAUCAGGGCCUGAUUUAAACCUGGGACACCAGUCAUUGUUCCCCUCUAAUCAGGGCCUGAUUUAGACCUGGGACACCAGUCAUUGUUACCCUCUAAUCAGGGCCUGAUUUAGACCUGGAACACCAGGUGGGUACCAUUAAUGACCAGGUAGAGGAGAAAAACAGCAUUAGUCCAGACCUGGUAGGUAUCCCAGGAAUCCCCAGGGUCUCUAAUCAUCCACUUCCAUCAGAACCAUUGAUGUAUAGCAGACUGUGUAGAAGAAAACAUAUAAGACCCAAUGAAGGAGAUGUGGUCUGGUCAUGGGUUGAAGUGCUCACCUUUAGCUUUACACUCAACAUCACCCCACCCCCACCUUCUAUGACAUCACUGCAUCACCCUGACAACGAACCCCCCCCCCCUCACCUUCUAUGACAUCACUGCAUCACCCUGACAACGAACCCCCCCCCCUCACCUUCUAUGACAUCACUUCAUCACCCUGACAACGGACCCACCCCUCACCUUCUAUGACAUCACUGCAUCACCCAGACAACUGACCCCCCCCCCCCCACCCCCACCCUCUCCUCCCUGUUGCCUGGGCAACAAGAACAUUGAAGGUACACUGAAGUAUUUCCGAAGAGGUGUUAUGUUUCUGUUGUUUCUGUUUUCUGAAAUAGAAAAAGAAAGAUAACAUUUUACUUUGUUUUUUCGAACUUUAGUUAACGUUUAAAAACAACACAAAUAUAACAAAAAUAUAAACUAAAAUGAGAAGAAAAAAAUACUACAGAAACUACUGAAGACUUUUAUUUAAUUUUCUGAAUUUAUUAUUAAAAGGAGUUUGUAUUUUAGGUUGUUUUCAUUAAUCCAUUCAUGCUGUUAGCUUCAUAGAUGAGUUUGCUUGUUGUUGGGGGUAUCUAUUAGUUUUCAGAUACUGUAAUACUGGGUAUCAUUUAAAAACGUGUAUUUUUUAUGGGUGUUUUAGAUAUGUUUCUGUUCUGGAACCUGGGCCUGUCACUUCACUGUCUCCUCCAGCAGACUAAGACUGAAUUGUUUUAUUUUAUCAUGUUGUUGUUGUUGUUGUUGUUGUUCUGUACUUUAUUCUAAUUGUUUGUAAUUGCUUGAUUCUCACAUGGUGAACAAAUAUGGACAAAGGCGUUUAUUAUUUUGUAUUGCUCUGCCCUUAACACUCUCUAGCGCUAGCAUAUGCUACGUACGCUAAGCUAACUGCUAAACUAGCAUAUGCUACGUACGCUAAGCUAACUGCUAAACUAGCAUAUGCUACGUGCUAAGCUAACUGCUAAACUAGCAUAUGCUACGUACGCUAAGCUAACUGCUAAACUAGCAUAUGCUACGUACGCUAAGCUAACUGCUAAACUAGCAUAUGCUACGUGCUAAGCUAACUGCUAAACUAGCAUAUGCUACGUACGCUAAGCUAACUGCUAAACUAGCAUAUGCUACGUACGCUAAGCUAACUGCUAAACUAGCAUAUGCUACGUGCUAAGCAAACUGCUAAACUAGCAUAUGCUACGUACGCUAAGCAAACUGCUAAACUAGCAUAUGCUACGUGCUAAGCUUACCGAAACACCCUGUUAGCUUUAUGCUAAGCUUACCGAAACACCCUGUUAGCUUUAUGCUAAGCUAGCAGCAUCACACUCCGCUGAGCUUCAACCCACUGUAAAGCCUUUCUACUGCAGUGCCUUUCUACUAGAGAUCUGUGUCUCUCUGGGUUCGACUAUUGUGCCUUUCCACUAGCCGAUCUUAUGAUCUCUGAGCUCAACUGCAGUGCCUGUUGAAUAUGUUUUACUCUGUACACUACACUAGCAUUUCACAGAAUACUACAUGCCCAAUAGACUGCUUCAUUCUCAGCGGUAGCUGGUCGUUGGAACAGAGACUAUGGUCAGGAUUUAAUCCCAAACCGCUUGAAGUUUAGAGGUAAUUUCCAAUUAGGCAGCAGCAUCGUCGACAAGCCGCGAUCAGAUUGAAUCCCUGCCGAUACCUCUCUGGUCCUGGAUCUCUUUGGGUUU